UGGCGCCGCGGGGUGACAUGCGGGACCUGCCGCCCGCAGGAGGCUCCGGGCCCAGGCCCGGCUGCAGGGUUGUGCUCGUUUACCAGCAGUAGCUGCAAACCGGCCGCCGCUUUCCCGCUCCGCCACGUGCCCAAGCACAGGCUUCUUCCAGUCCAGGUCCAGGUCGAAGUUAAGUAUUUGAUCCGGGGCGCGCGGGCCAGGCGGCAUUUCUGCGAAGAGGGGCCCAGCACCUUGCCCUGGCCGUGAAUAUGUUUGGUAGACUGACCUUGCCUCAGAUAAUCCUGGCGACGGUCCUUGGCGUUGGUGGAGGAAUCUACAUCUAUAAACCAAUCUUUGACCAGUUCAGAAGAGAACAGAAACAACUUCAGGAAAAACUGGAAGCACCACAAGACGUAGCAAAGGAAGACGAGUGAGACUUGUGCGGAGUGUUGACUUGAGCAGUGUAUGUUUAUGCCGUAAUGUGAUAAAAAGUGCAGUUUAUCCUUCAAAAUCAAACUUGUUUGUAUUGGUAAAGAAUAAAUAAUGGCAAAAAUA